AGCUUGGACUCACCCAGAGGUGGUUCCUAAGCGGCUCUGGGCCGCGGCUGUUCCUGAAUGGAUGUGGGCCUCCCUCUCUUGCACAUGGUCCGAGGUGUGAGCCAGGAGCGGAGGGCAGGGCCAUCUCCUCCAUCCCUGACCUGCACAGGAGCCCUGUGAAUUUGUCGUUCAACAACGUUCACUGAGCUCUACCACGUGUCAGGCACUGUUCUGGGAGGGUCUCCACAGCACACAGCCACCAAACACGGUGACAGGCAUCAAGGAGAAUGCUGUGGGCAGGGCCAGCUCUGAGUCUCAGGUCACCCAGCCCAGCUGGCCUCAGACCCUUUACAGGGGUCAGAGGCUGUGGACACUGAUGACCCCCCAAGACAGAGCUAUAACAGCCUUAUCCCCAUAGCAAGGAGCUGUCAUUCAGGAGACCUGGGGGGCUCCCCUUGGCAGUGUGGGACAGAAUAGGGAGGAAAGAGAAUUUGCUGAGUGGACAGAGGCCUCUUUCUUCCCUGGGGCAAAGUCCCCUAUGCUCCUGGUGGUGGGGAUGGGCAUGAGCAUGGCAGGGUGCUGGAGCCACUAGGGCUUAUGGGGAAAGAGCCAGCCCACAUGCCAGGGGCAGCAAGGAGCCUAACCCCAAGAAAGGGCAUCCCACAAGUUAUAGGUCAGGCCAUCAGCUGGGGAGCAAUGUUCAAAUGGGGGGAUCAGGGAGUCAACUGGGCAGUAUGGCCUGGGAUGGGCUCUGCCCUCCUCCCUCCCUCUCUGCAGAUGGAGCCACCAUGCCCUGGACCCCACUACUGGCCAUCACUAGGGCUAGCCUGCUGAGAGCCUGGCCAGGCCCCACCCUGCCCUGAACCAGGAUCCAAACCCUGGCCAGCUGCCUCUCCAGCCACCUGAGGAAGCCUGUCCUCCCUGCACACCUACAGCAAAGGGCUUCCUUCUACCUUCUGUCAGGGCAGGGAUGACCAGGAUAAGGUCCACAGAGCACCAGCAGCCUGCCCUGCGUGGUAAAGUGUCCUUUAGUCACACAGACACCUAUGGAGGACCUCCAGGGUCCAGCCCUGCAAUGCCCCUGACCUAAAAUGGGGCCCAUCUUUGGGAGGCACCCCACUCCAAGGGAGCUUGGCUGGGGACUCAGAGCUCCUAGCUCCAGGGAGACCAGGGCCUGGGCAAGGCCCCUGGGCCUUGGAGCCAGGCAGGGUCUCCCCUCGGGGGCCUCAGCUCCUGGGUAAACAUUAAUGGGGCUCGGCACACAGCAGGUCAUGUGCGCACCCAGCGGAUCUUUGACCUGCAGCUGCUCCUGCUGGCUCCUCCCCACAGGUGCCCCUCAACACGCACACAGGUAGGAGCCCCUAGAACCAGGCCCCGCCAAGGAUAUGGAGGCCUGGUGACUGCCAGGCCCAGGGCUUGGGCCCCAACCUGGGCCCCCAGGAUCUAAGGCAAGUGAGGCCAUCUUAGGACAGAAAGGAGGGGUGACACAAAGGACCCCCAGACCUGAGUUCAGGGGUCUGGGAGGGAGUCAGGGUAGAGGGUUCAGACAGGCAGUUCCAGGGCCAGCAGACAACAGACGCAGGAGCUGUGGGGAGAAGAGCCUGGUGUGGGCCGGGGUGUCCAGGACCCUUGCUCUACUCCUCAUCCUGGGGGGUGGAGCCCUUAUCAAGUGGAGACGUCACCGUUUGGUAUCAAAUGCCAAAGUCUACGCUGGGACCAUCGCAGUGUCCCCAAUGACACCUGAUAGGAGAGGUCUCAGGGUUCCCUACCUCCUGCACACUUCUCGCCGGCAGGCACCCAGAGCCCAGCCAAGCCUCCUUCCAGCUGGGACCAGUGGGGAGCUGGGGAGCCGGGGCCCUCUUGACUCUGCAGCCCCAAACUGGACUAGGCUAUCGUGGCAGCGGCCUGAGGUCACUACAGCUGCCCCCCUGUGAGCAGAUCUGAGCUUGGGCCUUGGUCUCUCCCUGCCCCAAAUCCAUGCCGAAUUCCCUCGCUGGUGACCAGGUUCCCCCCCCCAACUCUGGACACGGUUGACCUGGUGGACUGGAGUCUGAGAAAUGCAGGUACCGGGAGCCUCAGGGAACACCCAUGUCCAACAGCACACCCUGAACAGGGGAGGGAAUCUGGCUGACCACCUGAACCUGAAGAGCCAUGGGGGUUACUGACCACUCUGGUCAGAGCCAGAGCCCCAUCCUCACCUUUUCCUGCUACGACCCCAAGCCCCUUAUGCCCAGUCCCUCCCCUUGCCUGUCCUUUUUUGUCCCCUUCCUGGGGACUCGACUCCAUUCUACAGGAAACUCCAGUUCUGUUUCAGUCUUAGACGAGGGGACCAAGGACCCAUCGGCCCUUCCUCAGCUGAAGGACACUGGCCAGCUGAAAGGGCUCGGUAUGGCCAGCAGACUGCGCCACAUGGGCAUCAGCUUCCUGAAGGCCUGUGGGCUCCUGGGCAGCCUCUAUUUCUUUAUCUGCUCUCUGGACAUCCUUAGCUCUGCCUUCCAGCUACUGGGCAGCAAAAUGGCAGGAGACAUCUUCAAGGAGAGUGUGGUGCUGUCCAACCCUGUGGCUGGACUGGUCAUAGGUGUGUUGGUCACAGUCCUAGUACAGAGCUCCAGCACAUCCUCCUCCAUUGUGGUCAGCAUGGUGUCGUCCAAGUUGCUGACCGUCCAGGUGUCUGUGCCCAUCAUCAUGGGCGUCAAUGUUGGCACAUCCAUCACCAGCACCCUGGUCUCAAUGGCACAGUCUGGGGACCGGGACGAGUUUCGCAGGGCCUUCAGUGGCUCAGCAGUGCACGGGAUCUUCAACUGGCUCACGGUGCUUGUCCUACUGCCGCUGGAGAGUGCCACUGCCAUGCUGGAGAGGCUGAGCGAGCUGGUCCUGGGUGCUGCCAGCCUGCAGCCGGGGGGGCAGGCCCCUGACAUCCUCAAGGCGCUGACACAGCCUCUCACACACCUCAUUGUGCAGCUGGACAGCAAUAUGAUUGCAGGCAGUGCUACUGGCAAUACUACCAACAGCAGCCUCAUUAAGCGGUGGUGUGGCAUCAGGGCAGAGAUGACGGAGGGUAGCAGCAACGAAUGUGGAGCCUUUGGUCCCUGCACUGAGAACAACACAGUCCCUGAGGACAGGCUGCCCUGCCAGCACCUGUUUGCGCACUCCCCGCUCACAGACCUGGCGGUGGGCUGCAUCCUGCUGGCGGGCUCCCUGCUGGUGCUGUGCCUCUGCCUGGUCCUCAUCGUCAAGCUGCUCAACUCCCUGCUGCAAGGCCGCAUAGCCCAGGCUGUGAGGAGUGUCAUCAACGCAGACUUCCCCUUCCCCUUUGGCUGGCUCAGCGGUUACCUGGCAAUCCUCGUGGGCGCUGGCCUGACCUUCCUGCUCCAGAGCAGCAGCGUCUUCACUGCAGCCAUCGUGCCACUCAUGGGUGUUGGGGUGAUCAGCCUGGACCGGGCAUACCCCCUCUUCCUGGGCUCCAACAUCGGCACCACCACCACGGCCCUGCUGGCUGCCUUGGCCAGCCCUGCUGACAUGCUGCUCUUUGCUGUCCAGGUUGCCCUCAUUCACUUCCUUUUCAAUCUGGCCGGCAUACUGCUGUGGUACUUGGUGCCCAUCCUGCGGCUGCCCAUCCCAUUGGCCAAGCGCUUUGGAGACUUGACUGCUCGCUACCGCUGGGUGGCCAUUGUGUAUCUGCUCCUCACCUUCCUUCUGCUGCCCCUGGCAGCCUUUGGGCUCUCCCUGGCAGGGAGCAUGGUGCUGGCUGCAGUCGGGGGUCCCCUGGUGGGGCUGGUGCUCCUUGUCAUCCUGGUUAAUGUUCUGCAGCAGCGACGCCCAUCUUGGCUGCCGCGUUGCCUGCGGUCUUGGGCCUGGCUGCCCCUCUGGCUCCAUUCCCUGGAACCCUGGGACCGCCUGAUGACUCACUGUUGCCCUGGUAGAGCUUGUGGCCCCUCUCAGACUACUGCCAAAGAGGCUCACUGCUAUGAUAACCCUGAGAUCCUGGCUUCCCAGCAGUUGUAAGGGGUGGGCACCACAGCAGACCACCCCAGCCCUACUGGCCUCAGGGUCCCGCAAUUGAGAGCGAGCUUGCCAGGCACCCCUGGGGGAGGGGUGUGGCGCAGACUCCUGAGUCUCCGCAGCCCCUUCUUUGAAAAUAAAUGAGCCUGUUACCCAGGA